AGAACCCUUCUAAAAACCUGCUUCGAAGAGGCCACCACCACCUCUCUGCACAAAACGAUGUCGCCCAGCUUCGUUUUCGAAGCCCCGAGUGACGAGGAAAUCGAACACUUCGAAGAAGAGGGAGAAGAAGAAUCAGAAGAAGCAGAGUCAGCUUCAGAAUCAGAAGAUGAACAGAAAGAAGCGCGAGUGUCGAAGAAGAAAACACAGUCUCCAUGGGACUUUGCUAAAUACACUGAAUCAGUGGCCGAAGAACACGCUCGCAGAAGCACAACCUCUGUGGACGACAAAAUCUCCAAAGCACUGAGACAACGUUCCACGCCGGUCGUUGCUGUGCCUGACAGAGAGGACAACAGCUCCGAGUCCGAAUCUGAUCAACAAGAAGAUUAUAGACCGGAUGAAGAUGAUGUGGAAGAGGGUAAUGGUGGUGAUAGCAAGUCCUUUUUUGCUCCUUCUGAUGGAGCCUCUUUCCAUGCUGAUUCCUUCUUGCAGCUCAAUUUGUCUCGCCCCUUACUUCGGGCUUGUGAGGCCUUGGGGUAUGCUAAACCAACACCAAUUCAGGCAGCAUGUAUACCAUUGGCAUUGACUGGUCGUGACAUAUGUGGAAGUGCCAUUACCGGGUCAGGGAAGACUGCUGCGUUUGCUCUACCUACUUUGGAGAGAUUGUUGUUUCGUCCAAAACGCGUUCGUGCAAUAAGAGUCCUCAUUCUUACUCCAACGAGAGAGUUGGCAGUCCAAGUUCAUAGUAUGAUAGAGAAGCUUGCUCAGUUUACUGAUAUAAGGUGUUGCCUGGUUGUUGGAGGUCUGUCAACAAAGGUGCAAGAGGCUGCCUUGAGAUCGAUGCCAGACAUAGUUGUGGCUACUCCAGGACGCAUGAUAGAUCAUUUACGCAACUCUAUGUCAGUGGAUUUGGAUGAUCUUGCUGUUCUAAUCCUUGAUGAGGCAGAUCGUCUUUUGGAGCUUGGAUUUAGUGCUGAAAUUCAUGAACUUGUUCGCUUGUGUCCCAGAAAAAGGCAGACCAUGCUUUUUUCAGCAACCAUGACUGAGGAAGUUGAUGAACUUAUUAAACUUUCCCUAUCAAAACCUUUGCGUCUUUCUGCUGAUCCAUCUGCAAAACGGCCUGCAACCUUGACUGAGGAGGUUGUUAGAAUACGAAGAAUGCGUGAAGUAAAUCAGGAAGCAGUUCUUCUUGCAAUGUGCUCCAAAACUUUUAUUUCUAAAGUUAUCAUCUUCAGUGGAACAAAGCAAGCUGCACACAGGUUGAAGAUUGUUUUUGGAUUAGCUGGCUUAAAAGCUGCUGAGCUUCAUGGAAAUCUUACUCAAGCCCAGCGCCUUGAAGCUUUGGAACAGUUCAGGAAGCAGCAAGUGGAUUUUUUGGUUGCAACUGAUGUGGCUGCUCGUGGCCUUGACAUUAUUGGUGUUCAAACAGUUAUCAACUUUGCAUGUCCGCGUGAUCUUACCAGCUAUGUUCAUCGAGUGGGUCGGACUGCAAGAGCUGGCAGAGAAGGAUAUGCUGUCACAUUUGUGACUGAUAAUGACCGGUCACUAUUGAAAGCUAUUGCAAAGAGGGCUGGUUCAAAGCUGAAAAGCCGCAUUGUUGCAGAGCAAUCUAUACUUAAAUGGUCUCAUAUAAUUGAGCAAAUGGAGGAUCAAAUUGCUGAAGUACUUCAAGAAGAGAGGGAAGAAAGAGUCUUAAGGAAAGCUGAAAUGGAGGCCACAAAGGCUGAAAACAUGAUUGCACAUAAGGAAGAGAUCUUUUCCCGCCCCAAAAGAACCUGGUUUGUCACAGAGAAAGAGAAAAAGCUGGCUGCAAAAGCAGCAAAGGCAUCUGUGGAUAAGGACAAGAGUUCUGGAAGAGAGGUAAUUAGUGCUGAACAAGCUGAAGACCUCAGAAUGAAGGAAAAGAGGAAGCGAGAGCGAGAGAAAAAUUUGCCUAGAAAGAAGCGUAGAAAGUUGGAAGCGGCUAGAGAAAUGUUGGAGGAUGAGGGGCAGGAUGACAAUCCAGUGGAAGCUAAGGGAACAAAUAAGAAAGAAAAGGGUGGAAUGUCACUUGUAGAUCUUGCUUAUCGACGAGCCAAAGCAGUGAAGGCUGUCAAGAGGGCAUUAGAUUCUGGCAAGAUUGUGAAAAAGAGUACAAAGAAAUCUAGUCAUCCUUCCAGAAAGACUUCUUCAAGAACCGAAGAGAUGCGAGAGCUAUUCCAGACUGACAUGAAAGAUAAAGAGCCAAAAAGAAGAGGUGUUGGAACGGGAAAGAAGUCCAAGAGUUCAUUCAAAAGCAAGUCAAGGUACAAGCGCAAGUAGUCUGAGGCUAAUAAUCAUUGUCAUAAAUACGCGCAUGAAAGGAUCAUAAACCUGCAAAUGGGUAUCCUUAAUCGUUGACCUGACAUGCAGUCAACUGCUUAUACCACUAUAGGAGGUGAUUAAAUGUUCUCACGUGUGAAUUUCAGCUGAUGCCUCUAGUGUUUUUGAGUGGUCUUGGUGAUGGGUAUGAUGCAAUCCAUGUGGGGGGUGGUAAUAGUAACUACUACUGUCAAUACCAAUUUUUUUCUCCUAAUUGCUAUUGUAUCACUUGAGCUUGAUUCUUAUCCUUAUCGGACAGCAUAUAUACAUUUAUAGCUGCUCAAUUUUGUAAUCCUAGCAUAAGAUUGAGUUUUAAAUUUAACCAAUAGAAAAGUGUUUAUU